AUGUCCCAGUACUCCACGAUGCUUCCGCUUGUUAUGUAUGAUAUCGUCUCCAAUCUACCGGGUAAUCACUUUUCACCCAACCCCGCCAAGACAAGGUUCGUUUUGAACUACAAGGGUCUCCCAUUCGUGACCCUCUGGGUCGAAUACUCAGACAUCCCCAUCGCUAUGAAGGCCAUCGGUGCAAAGCCAAACAAACGCCGGGACGGCUCGGAAGUCUAUACUGUCCCCGUCCUCAGCGAUCCCAACACCGGUGCCCUCAUCACGGACUCGCUCGAAAUCGCAUCCUACCUAGACAAGACAUAUCCCGAGAAGCCCAUCUUCCCAAACAGUUCAGAACCUCUUAUAUGCGCUUUCGAACCCGCCUAUUUAAGCCUCCUUCAACAUGCUAUCAAGUUUAUCUUCGUGCGCGCCACAGAAAUAUUGAGUCCCGCCAGUGUCAAGUUCUUCAAUAAAGCUCGUACGGUGGACGUCCCGUUGCCUUGGGACGUUAACCCUGACGCAGACUGGGAGCUCCUAGAGAAGGGGCAUAAUACUGUGUACGAAUGGUACCAGAAAACUGAUGGAAAGUGGAUCAUGGGCGACACUUUUUCGUACGCAGACAUCAUUGUUGCUUCUUGGCUGCUGUCGUACAAACGAGUUCUGAAGGCGGAUGAGUGGGUCAGGGUCAGUUCUUGGAAUGGGGGGAAAUGGACCCAAGUCCUUGCAGAUGUCGAGAAGGAGUGUACAUUGUCUUAG